AUGGCAAUUACCAACCUCCAGAUCCUUCAGGCCCAUGGCCUGUUUUUCAUUUUAGGCACUCAGCUCCACGUCUUCGUUUUCCGCAAAGGGGAAUGGGAUACAGCUACUACCAGACUCUUCAGGAACUUCACACUGGGUAUUGGGUUGCUGACGGCGGCCCUUUCCCGGGGAGCUCCUGAGACCUUCCGGACAAAUGCGGCUGCGCUCAAGACAGCUGGUUCUCUCACGGCCGCGCUCAUUGCUGGAAUCUACACAAGUUUACUCGUGUACCGUGCGGCAUUCCACCGGCUCAACGGCUUCAAAGGACCGUUCCUAGCGAGGCUCUCGAAUCUGUGGAUCACCUCACGAGCAGUCAAGGAAUUGCACAUGUACACCGAGGUUCAACAACUCCAUGAACAGUAUGGCGACAUUGUGAGAAUUGGCCCGACCGAGUUGUCUAUCAACAACCCAAAGGCCGUUCUUCCAAUCCACUCGAAUCGCUCACCGUGCACCAAAGGCCCAUGGUAUGGAGUCUUGCAUCCCAUGUACUCAUUGCAGCUCGUCCGAGACAAGCAAGAGCAUGCACAAAGGCGCAAGAGUUGGGAUCGAGGGUUCAGCUCAAAAGCGCUUAGAGACUAUGAGUUCCGGGUUGCCGACUACACCAAUCAGCUUCUUGCAAGUAUUGACAAGAACAAGGGAAAGCCAUUCAAUAUCUCAGAUUGGUUCAACUUUUACAGCUUCGAUGUCAUGGGUGACUUGGCUUUCGGCAAGUCCUUUGGCAUGCUCAAGGAAGGCAUUAAGCACUACUUUAUGACUUCCUUACAUCAAGAUAUGCAGGCUAUUGGCAUGUUCAGCCACAUGUUAUGGCUAUUCCCCAUCUUCAAGAAUACGCCAAUCUUGAAUGAAAAUAACAAGCGAUUCUGGAAAUUUGUCACAUCUCAGGUGGACGAGAGAAUCGCGAACCCCCCUGACCGCCCAGAUGUCUUCUCAUGGAUCUUGGAGGAAUAUCAAUCCCUCAAGAACCCGACUUGGCAGGACACCCUCAACCUAUAUGGCGACGCGUAUCUUAUCAUCGUUGCAGGGAGUGAUACGACAGCUGCAUCCCUUACUUGUCUCUUCUUCGAGCUAGCCCAAAAGCCAGAUGUCUACCAACGCUUAAGGGAGGAGAUCGACGACUACUUUGCGCAGAAUGCGGAGCCUGAACACUCCGCACUGUCAAAGCUCCCGUAUCUGCAGGCUUGCAUCGACGAGACGUUGAGGCUUCAUCCUCCUGUCCCGUCGGGUGUGCAGCGCAUGACCCCGCCCGAGGGCAUAGAUAUUGACGGGACGUUUAUUCCGGGUGAUACAAUCAUCCAGGUGCCUACGCACACCAUGUUCAGAGGCAAGUCUCAAAAAGAAACUGUUUCAUCCUCCACCGUUGUCUCGGCUGAUGAACUGCGUCUGUCAUACAAGACUUUGCUUGCUGACUGUGGCGAAAAACAAAUAGACGAGCGCCUGUUCCCGCAGGCAAACGACUUCAUUCCCGAGCGGUGGACCUCCCGGCCCGAUCUGGCCAAAGACCCUGCCGCAUUUGUUCCCUUUGGUACCGGCAAGUACUCUUGCGUCGGAAAGCAGCUGGGCUUGAUGGAAAUCCGUUACUGCGCCAGCCAAAUCAUUAACCGAUAUGAUGUUGCAUUCGCCCCGGGGCAGAAGGCGGAAGCGUUUAUUGAUGGCAAAAAGGAUGGUUUUACAUUGUCGCUGCCGCAGUUGGAAGUGAUUUUCAAAGUGAGGGAGGCGGGAAAAGUGACAGCUUAG